CUGGAUCAUCAACACAACCUCCACAAGAGAGUAGUACUGAAGCUAUGCUGAAACAAUUAUUGGAGGGACAAACAAGAAGUGAGAAACAAUUAGGGUAUGAGCUGAAAAAUCUCCACAACAAGAUUGAUGGGAAUUACCAUGAUCUAAACAACAAGUUCAAAGCCUUGGAGAACCAGUUUGUCUCUAUGACAGCCAGCUCAAGUCGCCAACAAGCUUCCCUACCUGGAAAGGCUGAACAAAACCCAAAGGAGACAAUGAAGGCAAUCACCCUAAGGAGUGGAAGAGAGUUACCUCCUAAAGUUCUCAUUAAGGAUAAUGAGAAACAAGGUGGGGAGGUGGUCAUCAAUGUAGAUGAUGAUGUGGUGAUUGUGGAUGAGAAGACUAAUGAGGAAAUCUUGGAGAAGAUAGUUGAAGCUAAGGGCAAGAGAAAGAUGGGAGAGGAGAAAGUUGAGAACAAAAAUGAGGCUGCUACAUCAACAAAGGAGAAAUUGUUCACUCCUCCUCCCUAUGAGCCGAAGCUUCCCUUUCCUGGAAGAUUCAAGAAGCAACUUCUAGAGAAGUACAAAGCCUUGUUUGACAAGCAAAUGAGUGAAGUUCAGCUCACCAUGCCCAUAAUUGAUGCAUUUAUGCUAGUUCCACAAUACAACAAGUUCUUGAAAGAUGUUGUAGAACAAAAGAAGAAAGAGAUGGAAGGGAUGGUGAUUCUUACUCAUGAGUGCAGUGCCAUUAUUCAGAGACUGACUGUCCCAAGGAAGCUAGAAGACCCUGGUAGUUUCAUCCUGCCAUGCGCCAUUGGACCUUUGACAUUUGAGAAAUGUCUAUGUGAUUUGGGAGCAAGUGUCAGCCUCAUGCCACUAUCCAUUGCCAAGAAGCUUGGGUUUACACAAUAUAAAAAGUGCAAGAUCUCUUUGGUGCUAGCUGAUCGAUCUGUCAAGCUCCCCAUUGGCAUCCUAGAAGAUCUUCCUGUCAAGAUAGGAAAUUGUGAAGUGCCUACUGACUUUGUAGUGCUUGAGAUGGAUGAAGAGCCUAGAGAUCCUUUGAUCUUUGGAAGACCUUUCUUGGCAACUGCUGGAGCAAUGGUGAAUGUGAGAGAUGGCACAAUUGAUCUCCACCUUGGAAAAGAUCACAUUCUCCAUUUUGAUAUCAAGGAGAUGAUGAAGAAUCCCACAACUCAAGGAGAAAUAUUCUACAUUGAUGAGAUGGAUGCUUUGGCUGAUGAUUUCCUUGAGGAGUUAGCGAUUGAGGACUCUCUUCAACAUGCCCUGACCAUUGAAAGAGAGUCCCAAAUGAUUGAAAACAAGGAGAGUGAUGAGCUAGUAAGAAGGCUAGAUGUUCACCUUGAGGAGGAUGGAGAAGAUGAGUUCAUGGAGUUGCCACAAAUGACUCAACAUGCUGCCUCAGCAGACAUUCAAGAGAACCUCCAUGAAGCUGAUUGGAGUGAGCUCAAGGCACCAAAAGUGGAGCUUAAACCUCUUCCCCAUGGUGUAAGGGUAUUACAGAGAUGUGAGGACACUAACCUGGUGCUCAAUUGGGAGAAGUGUCACUUCAUGGUCAAGGAAGGGAUUGUUCUUGGACACAAAGUUUCUGAGAAAGGAAUUGAAGUGGACAAAGCCAAGAUAGAUGUCAUGGUUGGUCUAGCUCCACCAAGAACAGUGAAGGAUAUAAGAAGCUUUCUGGGUCAUGCCGGUUUCUAUAGAAGAUUCAUCAUGGAUUUCUCUAAGAUAGCUAGACCAUUGACCAGGCUGUUAUGCAAAGAAGCUGCAUUUCACUUCGAUGGGGAAUGUAUGGAAGCUUUCAAAAACCUGAAGAAUGCACUCAUCAGUGCACCCAUAGUUCAACCGCCAGAUUGGGAUCUCCCCUUUGAGAUCAUGUGUGAUGCAAGUGACUUUGCUGUAGGAGCAGUCCUAGGCCAGAAGAGAGACAAGAAGUCACAUGUGAUGUACUAUGCAAGUAGAACCCUUGAUGAAGCUCAAGCUAAAUACUCUACAACUGAGAAGGAGCUAUUGGCCAUUGUCUUUGCAUUUGAGAAGUUCAGAAGCUACUUGGUUGGGUCAAAGGUGACUGUCUACACUGAUCAUGCUGCAUUGAGACACCUCUUAGCCAAGAAAGAUGCAAAACCAAGACUAUUGAGGUGGAUUCUGCUGCUACAUGAGUUUGAUCUUGAGAUCAAGGACAGGCCUGGAGUUGAGAAUGGAGUAGCUGAUCACCUGUCCAGGUUGAAGGUGGAGUGUGGAAUCCCUAUUGAUGACAGACUUCCAGAAGAGCAAAUGAUGGCUAUUCAUGCAGUGGUAGCUGUUUGUGAGACAGGAAAUAAACUUGAAGAGGUGAAGGCAGCUGGUGAGAAGGGUCCUUGGUAUGCUGAUAUAGUCAACUACUUAGCUAGUGGAAAAGAGCCAUUGAACCUUGAAGGUUAUGCCAAGAAGAAGUUCUAUAAGGAUGUGAAGAGAUAUUAUUGGGAUGAGCCUUACCUCUACAUACUUUGUAAAGAUCAACUCUAUAGAAGGGCCGUGGCUGAAGAAGAAAUUGAUGGGAUCCUUACACAUUGUCAUGGAUCAUCCUAUGGAGGCCACUUUGCUACAUUUAAGACAGUGGCAAAGGUGCUACAAGCUGGAUUUUGGUGGCCUCACAUGUUUAAAGACACCCAAGACUUUGUCUCAAGGUGUGACUCUUGUCAAAGAAGAGGAAACAUCACCAAGAGGAAUGAAAUGCCUCAAAACCCCAUCCUAGAAGUUGAAGUGUUUGAUGUCUGGGGUAUUGACUUCAUGGGGCCUUUUCCUUCAUCUUAUACCAACAAGUACACACUGGUGACUGUAGAUUAUGUCUCUAAGUGGGUUGAAGCAAUUGCAAGUCCAACCAAUGAUGCAAAGGUGGUUCUAAAAAUGUUCAAGAGCAUAAUCUUUCCAAGGUUUGGGAUUCCAAGAGUUGUGAUCAGUGAUGGAGGGUCUCACUUCAUCAACAAACUGUUUGCAAACCUCCUUAAGAAGAAUGGUGUGAAGCACAAGGUUGAAACUCCUUACCACCCCCAAACAAGUGGUCAAGUUGAGAUUUCCAACAGGGAGAUCAAGUCCAUUUUGGAGAAGACUGUGGGGACAACAAGGAAGGAUUGGUCUACAAAGCUUGAUGAUGCACUUUGGGCCUAUAGGACUGCUUUCAAGACACCCUUGGGAACCACUCCCUUCAAUCUUGUCUAUGGGAAAGCUUGCCAUCUGCCAGUGGAGCUUGAGUACAAGGUGCAUGAACAUAAGAAGUAG